ACGUUUGCUUCUUGCGCUUGGACUUUGACACCUUCAAUAUCAUGGGUCCAGCGGGCACCAUGGAGACGACAGGGGGCACUUGUGACGACACCAUGACCGUCACGGCUCCCGGUGCCAAUCUUCCCUCUAUUUGUGGGUCCAACACCGGUCAACACAUGUACAUCGAUAUUGGGAAGACCGCCAUGAACACGGCCAUGAUUAACUUCAUGUUCAUGGCCCCAGCCAUGGGAGCCACCAUGGGAAUGACGAGCAUGAGAACGUGGGACAUUAAAGUCACCCAAUUUAAGUUCUCCGAUCCCGGCAAUCCCCCUCCCGGUUGUCUUCAGUACCAUAGUGGAAUGGCCGGCCGAAUCAGGACCUUCAAUUACGAUGCCAUGGCUUCCACUCAUAUUGCCAGCCAAAACUACCAAGUGUGCAUUCGUCAAGAGCCUGGAUACUCUUGUAUUCAGUACACCGUUUGUGCUGAUAUGACGGGAUUUACCUUGGAUGUUGCAACAAUAGCCGGGGCGGCGGUGGACACAGGUUGCACGUCGGAUUUUAUCGAAAUUUCAGGAUCGUCGGCUUUAUGUAACCAAGGCACAUUGACCUCACGUUAUUGUGGAACCAAUUUAAAUACCGCUGCCAUGGCGAUGGCCGAUACCUCCAUUUGCGAUUGCACGGCUCCAUUCCGCGUGGGGAUUUUCACAGACAAAAUGGCUGACACGGGUGUUGCUGCGAUGCCAGCUAGCAAAGGCCUGUGCUUGGAAUACAAGCAACUGCCAUGAAUUGAACCGGUUCAAUGCUCUAUAUGACAUUCUCAAUCAAGAUGAUAAUAAAACACUUUUUAUGUGG